CCUCCACUUCGCUGCCCUGCCAUUCCCGAGUGCUCUUUCUUCUUUCACCUUCGGCUGUGCCUGUCCCGUUUGAGAACUCGUCAUCAUGAAGGUUCUUGCAGUCUUGAUCUCUGCUCUGCUUGUUGCUGGCACUUUCGCUCAGCUCAGCGAGGGCCCAGAACCAAAAGGAUGGGUCAAAGACCUGAUCGGCAAAGGCUGUCAGCCAAUGGUGGA